AUGAGUAACGUUAAUAUUCCAUCAAAUUAUAUGGCAAGUGUUCCACAGCAAUCCUUGUCAGGUCCAUCGGAAGACGACAAAAUUGACCGUAUUUAUCUAACAUCGAUACGAGCAAUUUUAAAAUUUGCAUGUAUGUUAUUUUGUUUUAUUUCAUUCAUUUGUCUUGUUACUACAUUAAAAUGUGGAGCAAAUCAUACAUUUUUGGCAAGUGUUUGUUGGUUAGUCAUUGUUAUGCAAACAUUAAUCGUCACAUCAUUUUUAUUUCGAUUGAAAAAUAAAUUUCCAGGAGUUGAUUUUGAACUAUUGGAUUUUUUUGCUACUGUUCAUGAUGCAAUCUAUUUAUUGAUUGCAUCCAGUAUAACAAUUCAUUAUUGUAAAUUUCCUGGACAAAUUGGUGGUGGUGUUAUGGGUAUUUUAGCAUUUUUUUUGAUUGCUGGUGAUGCGGUUGUCAUUUUUCUUGCUCGACGAGAUGAAAAUAUCAAUGACAAUAAUAAUAAUACUAAUAUAAAUAUAGUACGAUGA